AGAGGAAAGAAAAAGAAUCCGUUUUGCGCGUUUUUCGGAUAUUAUUCUAUUCUGUUUGUUCCUCUUCUUCUAUACGAUCUUCGUAAAAGUGAGCACGUGCGACUCUGGCCCUGGCGGAAUGUCUCAGGCAGCAGAGACGCUGCGAGAAAUUGUAGCUCGCGAUCGUCAGAUGCCGCCCCAGAUAGAGGAAGAGGUGGCUCCCCCCGCCCCCGCUCCUGUAGUUCCCGAAUUGGCCGUCCCCUUAAUCCCCGAUGAAUAUCGUAUGAGAGAACUUCAUAGCCGAUUAUGUUGUAACUCUUUAAUUGGUCGGUACCACCAGGUAAGAGAAAUGCUGGACCUCUUAGAGCAGCAAGCGGACUGGGAAAAAAAAAAAUAGACGCUGCCCUCGUCCACGAUGGAGUAGACCCCCAGUCUAUUCUAAACAA